AGUGGGGGUGGCGACAUGACUGCCUGUCACAGAAUCGUUAGAGAUGGAAGGGACCUCUGGGGAUCAUCGGUCCAACCCUCCUGCCAAGGCAGGGUCACACAGAGCAGAACUGGACACAGCACUGCAGGUGUGGCCUCACCAGUGCCAUGCAGAGGAGGAGGAUCGCCUCUCUGGACCUGCUGGCCGCACUCUGCUCUCUGGUGGGUCACAGAACCUCUCUCCCCACGUAACCCAACAACGCAGGCGGUAAGUACUUCUGCGGCCCCGCUACCGCGUCUGGCAGCGAGCCUACGGUGGCCACGGCGAGCAGCACCUUCGGGGCCCUUCCUCCCACAACACCCAAACUUAAGGGCAGGGGAAGCUCCGCGGCCUCGCCUCAGCCCGUCGGCGGGCGGCAGGAGGAGCCCGAGCCCCGGUUUGGCGGAGGAGCGCGGAGAGCAGGUGAGCGGGCCAGGCCGUGUGGCCGAGCCCGGGCGCUCUCCAGCCCCGGGGCCAGCCCGGGCGGCUCCGGCCGUGAGUCAGAGCGCGGGUAAAGGAGGCGCGGCCGCCGGAGCGAGCGAGCGAGAGCGGCUCCGCCGGGCGGAGGCGGGGGCAGCGUGUCCGGCCCAGACCCCUCCUCCCGCCUUCCUCCGCCCGCUCCCUCCUCCCUCCCUCCCUGCGCGGCUCUCCCGGGGACGCGGAGAGGCGCCGCCGGGCCCGGGGCCUGGACCGCACGGGUGCCCGCCCUCUCCCACCGCCGCUCCCACCGCCCGGCCGCGGGCUGGAUGUAGCCGGGCGCCCCGCGGGGGCUGCAGCAGCAAGAUGGCGGAUCUGUCGCUGCUCCAGGAGGACCUGCAGGAGGAGAUCGACGGAUUUGGUGUGGAUGACUACAGCUCAGAGUCUGAUGUGAUUAUUAUACCUUCAGCCCUGGACUUUGUCUCACAAGAUGAAAUGUUGACGCCUUUGGGAAGAUUGGACAAGUACGCUGCAAGUGAGAACAUAUUUAACAGGCAAAUGGUGGCUCGAAGUUUGCUGGACACUUUGAAGGAAGUCAGUGAUGAUGAGAGAGAUUGUAUUGCUGUGUUGGAGAGAAUCAGCAGAUUAGCUGAUGAUUCAGAGCCAACGGUGCGGGCAGAGCUGAUGGAACAGGUACCUCAUAUUGCUAUGUUCUGUCAAGAAAACAGACCUUCAAUCCCUUACGCUUUUUCCAAAUACCUGCUUCCUAUUGUGGUGCGAUACCUCGCAGACCAGAAUAACCAGGUAAGAAAAACAAGCCAGGCAGCGUUGUUAGUGCUGUUGGAGCAAGAACUCAUCGAGAGAUACGAUGUGGAGACCAAAGUGUGCCCUGUGCUGAUAGAUCUGACAGCUCCAGACAGCAACGACGAUGUGAAGACAGAAGCUGUGGCUAUUAUGUGCAAAAUGGCCUCCAUGGUUGGAAAGGACAUCACGGAAAGGCUUGUGCUUCCCCGGUUCUGCGAGAUGUGCUGUGACUGCAGGAUGUUUCAUGUUCGUAAGGUAUGUGCGGCCAAUUUUGGGGAUAUCUGCAGUGUGGUUGGACAGCAAGCCACCGAAGAAAUGCUGCUGCCGAGGUUUUUCCAGCUCUGCUCUGAUAAUGUGUGGGGAGUUAGGAAAGCCUGUGCUGAGUGCUUCAUGGCAGUUUCUUGUGCAACAUCACAGGAGGUCCGGAGGACAAAAUUGUCAACUCUUUUUAUUAAUUUGAUUAGUGAUCCUUCACGAUGGGUUCGCCAAGCAGCUUUUCAGUCUCUGGGGCCUUUCAUAUCAACUUUUGCUAAUCCAUCCAGCAGUGGCCAGUACUUUAAAGAAGAAGAUGGUAAAAACCCAGAAGAUUGUGAUUCUGCACAGGGAAACAGUGAACAAGUCAGGACCACAGAAGAUAUCACAACAGAUGAAGAGCACAACAGGACAGAGGAUCUGUCUUCACAUAGUGAUGAUAGUGAUGAUUUUGCACCAAAACUUGAAAAUGUCAUAGAAGAUCAAAAUACAGUGUCAAAUAACUCCGAGAGGGAAAGUGAUUUCCAGACUGAAUCAUCCUUUCAUUGCACUUUGCCUUCAGAAUCUUGUGGGGAAAUGGCAGAUGAGUAUGAGCAAAGUUCUUAUUGCUGUACAACAGAUCUGCAGGAGGCUGGGCUGAGUUCGCAGGAAACCUCUCUUUCAGAGCAGGAAUUAUACAACUCUUUCCAUUUCUGGAGGACUCCACUUCCUGAAAUAGAUAUUGACUUUGAGCUUCAGCAGACUUCUGAUACAAAACUCGAUAGAGAAAUUCAGGAACUCACUAUGCCAGUGUCUCCAAGCAUUCCUAUGGCAACAAGGAAAGAAUUAGAAGAAAUGAUAGAAAAUUUGGAACCCCAUAUAGACGAUCCAGAUGUUAAAGCACAAGUGGAGGUGUUGUCUGCUGCACUCAGAGCAUCCAGUUUGGAUCCUCAAGAAGAGACAAUGGCCAGUGUUGGCAAGGGAACAGAUUCACAGGCUGAGCUAACCAUCAAUGACCAACAAAGUUUUAAACCUAUACUGGGUGAUAUUGUGCCUUUAAUUGGUGACACUGUUGAGAGUAUGGAUUCUACACUUCACUAUAUUCAUAAUGAUUCAGAUUUGAGUACCAACAGUAGUUUCAGCCCUGAAGAAGAAAGAAAAUCCAAAGUACAGGAUGUUGUACCUCAAGCCUUGCUGGAUCAGUAUUUAUCCAUGACUGAUCCGUCCCGCGCACAAACAGUCGACACCGAGAUUGCCAAGCACUGUGCCUACAGCCUGCCCGGCGUGGCCCUGACCCUGGGCAGGCAGAACUGGCACUGUCUGAAAGACACCUACGAGACUCUGGCAUCUGACAUGCAGUGGAAGGUUCGGCGGACGCUGGCAUUUUCCAUACACGAACUUGCUGUCAUCCUUGGAGACCAGCUUACAGCUGGAGAUUUAGUUCCUGUCUUCAAUGGCUUUUUGAAGGACCUAGAUGAAGUGAGGAUAGGUGUGCUUAAGCACUUGCACGACUUCCUGAAGCUUCUUCAUGUUGACAAAAGACGAGAGUAUCUUUAUCAGCUUCAGGAAUUCCUGGUGACUGAUAACAGCAGGAACUGGCGUUUCCGUGCUGAGCUGGCUGAGCAGCUGAUUCUGCUCCUAGACCUGUACAGUGCCAGGGACAUCUACGACUACCUGCGGCCCAUUGCUUUCAGCCUCUGUGCAGACAAAGUCUCCUCUGUCCGCUGGAUUUCCUACAAGCUGGUUAGUGAAAUGGUAAAAAAGCUGUACAUGGCUUCAACACCAACCUUCGUGGUAGACCUCAUGAAUGAACUUGUUGAAAAGUUCUGUAGAUGCCACAAAUGGUCUGGUCGACAGACUUUUGUCUUUAUUUGCCAGACUAUCAGUGAAGAUGACUGCCUGCCCAUGGACCAGUUUGCUGUGCAUCUGUUGCCACACUUACUGCACUUGGCAUCUGACAAGGUUCCAAAUGUUCGAGUUCUGCUGGCAAAAACAUUGAAGCAAACCCUUUUAGAGAAAGAGUAUUUCCUGAAUUCUGCCAACUCUCACCAAGAAGCUGUGGAACAGACAAUUAUGGCUCUUCAAAUGGAUGGUGACAGUGAUGUCAAGUAUUUUGCGAGCAUCCACCCUGCCAGUACCAAAAUUGCGGAUGAUGCCAUGAGCACUGCUUCAUCAACUUACUGAGUUCUGAAUGUUGCUAUAAUUAAAAAAAGAAAAAUUAAACUAUCCUCAAAUGCUUCUAAAAUGGUUGACUUAGAGCAGCCUCUUUGGAAGGAGGGAUUUCUUGCCAGGUUUAACAGGUGGAUGUUAUCUAAAACUGAUAACCAGGGAUUUUAAGUCAAGGCAAAGUAAACAUACCUGUGUCAGCUUGACUUUAGAAAAACACUGCUCAGAGGAUUAUUUUUGCCACCGAAGCCUUAAAUCUUCUGUCUUCCUGAACAAAUGAAACUUGAAUUGGCAGAUCAUUUUCAUUGUAGAAAGGUUGUGAUGAUUUCCAGAGACCUGCAUUGUUUCUCCUGAGGAGUUAACUUAGCAAGUUUUUUCUGUAGCAGCUGAUAGGCGAGAUGGCCAGAGAGGUGAGUUUGUACAGGGACUGAGACCUCCAGUAUUAGAGCUGAAGUUUUUAUCAGUCAAGGACUUGAUCUGUGUGCAGCUGGGCACACCCUUAAGUGGGAAUAGCUUUGAUGUUUGUAAAUGGGAAAAAGUAGAAAUUUGGAUUUCUCUUAAGGGCUCAGUGCUAACACUAAACUAGAAUCUGAUUUUAAUCCUUAAAUGCAGCAUAUUGCUGUACCCAUUAGCAGAAAACUUUGCUGAGUACCUGUGUUCUAAUUAUUUUCAUGCUGGUCAUGACCUAAAGGAAAUUUAUUAGCACAUGUACUUUAAGUCAGGUAUUUUUAACUUGAUCAUGAUCAGCUCUGAAGGUGCAACUUUUUUCUUCAUAUACUGUACAUAUCUGUGAGCCUCCUUGGAGUGCUGCAGUCUUUAAUCAUGUUGUUUAAAAGCUGUUGUGAUACAAGUUGUUCUCUACUUGUCCAAAUAAAAUUUAUUAAUAAGAUUGAAAAAAAUCUUGUGACCUUUUUAAGACAUUAAAAAAACAAGUUUGAAAUUUAA